GUGAUCCACUUCCCUGCUCCUUUAAGCGUCCACUGGCUGCCGAGCGGCCGCAGUCUCAGCUCUGGGCAUCUGGGGUAUCCGAGCGGCUUCGCCCAGGGAUCUACGCGGGCGCCUGGGGUCUGGGUCUCACCUCCUCUGUGCCAUUGCACCCUUGAAGUUUUGCAGCACCAGGAAAAGAGGACAAGAAAGAAGAAGGGAAGCGGAAAGCAUACCCUAAAACAUUUACUUAAAGGAGAAAAGAAAGGGGGGCGCAGAAAUGGCUGGGGCAAUUAUAGAAAACAUGAGCACCAAGAAGCUCUGCAUUGUUGGAGGGAUUCUGUUGGUUUUCCAAAUCGUUGCCUUUCUUGUGGGCGGCUUGAUCGCUCCAGCACCAACGACAGCAGUGCCCUACAUGUCGAUAAAAUGUGUGGAUGUCCGUAAAAACCACCAUAAGACAAGAUGGCUGGUGCCUUGGGGACCAAACAAGUGUGACAAGAUCCGUGACAUCGAGGAAGCAAUUCCAAGGGAAAUUGAAGCCAAUGACAUUGUAUUUUCUGUACACAUUCCACUCCCUUCUAUGGAGAUGAGCCCAUGGUUCCAGUUCAUGCUAUUUAUCCUGCAGUUAGACAUCGCUUUCAAGCUGAACAACCAAAUCAGAGAAAAUGCAGAAGUUUCCAUGGAUGUUUCCUUGGGUUACCGUGAUGAUAUGUUUUCAGAAUGGACUGAAAUGGCCCAUGAAAGAGUACCACGUAAACUCAAAUGUAUUUUUACAUCUCCCAAGACCCUAGAGCAUGAAGGUCGUUAUUAUGAAUGUGAUGUCCUUCCUUUCAUGGAAAUUGGGUCAGUGGCUCAUAAGUACUACCUUCUAAAUAUCCGGCUACCUGUAAAUGAGAAGAAGAAAAUCAAUGUUGGGAUUGGGGAGAUAAAGGAUAUUCGGUUGGUGGGAAUCCACCAAAAUGGAGGCUUCACUAAAGUGUGGUUUGCUAUGAAGACCUUCCUCACACCCAGCAUCUUCAUCAUUAUGGUGUGGUAUUGGAGGAGGAUCACUAUGAUGUCCCGACCCCCAGUGCUUCUGGAAAAAGUCAUCUUUGCCCUUGGGAUUUCCAUGACCUUUAUCAAUAUCCCUGUGGAAUGGUUUUCCAUUGGGUUUGACUGGACCUGGAUGCUGUUAUUUGGUGACAUCCGACAGGGCAUCUUCUAUGCAAUGCUUCUUUCCUUCUGGAUCAUCUUCUGUGGUGAGCACAUGAUGGAUCAACAUGAGCGAAAUCACAUUGCAGGGUAUUGGAAGCAAGUUGGACCAAUUGCUGUUGGCUCUUUCUGCCUCUUCAUAUUUGACAUGUGUGAGAGAGGAGUACAACUCACAAAUCCUUUCUACAGUAUCUGGACUACAGAUGUUGGAACAGAACUGGCUAUGGCUUUUAUCAUUGUGGCAGGUAUCUGUCUCUGCCUCUACUUCCUGUUUCUGUGCUUCAUGGUAUUUCAGGUAUUUCGAAACAUCAGUGGGAAGCAGUCUAGUCUCCCAGCCAUGAGCAAAGUCCGGAGGCUGCACUAUGAGGGUCUGAUUUUCCGGUUCAAGUUCCUCAUGCUUAUCACCUUGGCUUGUGCUGCCAUGACUGUUAUCUUCUUCAUUGUUAGUCAGGUGACUGAAGGCCAUUGGAAAUGGGGUGGUGUUACAGUUCAAGUGAACAGUGCUUUCUUCACUGGCAUCUAUGGAAUGUGGAACCUGUACGUCUUUGCUUUAAUGUUCUUAUAUGCGCCAUCCCAUAAAAACUAUGGGGAAGACCAGUCUAAUGGUGACCUGGGUGUCCACAGUGGGGAAGAACUUCAGCUCACUACCACAAUCACCCAUGUGGAUGGACCGACUGAGAUCUACAAGUUGACCCGUAAAGAAGCACAGGAAUAGGAGGCUAUGGUACGGCACUGGGCUGGAAUUGUGUCUCUAUCCCUCUUCCCCUGGAAUGGGGAGCCUACUAUACAGAACUCACUGAAAAGUGAAUGCCUAGUGCUUUAUAGGUAUGAUUUCUUAGACUAAUGGAUGGACAUUUGUCAGAUGACCUCUGAUGGUGGCUGUUGCAAGACUUCUGCCACUAAUAUAUAGCAAAUGAUAACAAAAGCUGGUAUGACACAUUUUUUGUGAUCAUUGUUAAUUAGUGACAUAGCAACAUCUGUAGCAGGUGGGUUAGUAACCCUCACAUGAAGGAGUAUACUCCAUGGGAUGGUUUGGGCCAGUGGGGGCUAUAUUGAGUAGGUUAUGACUUUUUUUUUCUGUUUUAGAUUCUGGGAUAUGUUUAAUCAUUCUUUGCAGUCCAACAUUUGCUGAUGUCAUAGUAUUUUCAACCUCCAUCACAGGCACGUUUUUUGUAUUUACUUCACCAAGUAGCCAAAUGAGUAAUAAUUUAGGUUCUCAGUACAAAUGUGUCCACUUUUUUUUUAAUGGCUUACUAUAAAAUAACCACAUUUCAUCCUAUCAGAGGCAUUUCAGUUUUGAAACCAAAUCACUGUGUUUGAUACUAAUCUGUCUCAUUGGUUGUGAAUUUUGAGAAAUAUUUGCUAAACUACCCAAGUAGGAUUUCUGGUAUUAAAUGGCCUUUAGGUCCUAAAAACUUUUUUUAACUUCUUGCUUGAAAUGUGUUUCUUUUGGUAAGAUGCUUCAAACAACCUCCAAAACUGUAAAUCCAAUCAUUUGAAUAAAUGAAAUGUAAAUAUGUACCCCUUUCUGCCCCAACAAUGCUGAGGCAUGUAGGCUCAAAUCUUUCUGGAUCUUACAGUGGCCAGGUGCUGGCAGAAAUACCCUGACUAUCUAUUCCUGGAAGUGCAGCAAUACCUUCUGUAGCAGGCAGUAAGUCUUUUAGGCCAGCAGGAAAUACAUACAUGAGAAAUCAGAUGCUUUAAACCCUCAUACAUACAAAUCUUAUUGCCACACCCCGUAUUAACCUAUGAUAGUGGGGUUUUUUUUGGUUUGGUUGUUGUAUGUUUCUGUAUGUGUGUGUACUUUUAUUUUUUAUGCUGAAGAAGCCACAUGUCAUAGCAAAUAAAAAAUACUGGAUCCUGAACUUAGAAGGAAGUUUUCUAUCAAAUGUCUGUCAUGCACUAGUUGUGUGACCUUGUUCAAGCUGUCUGACAUGGCUAUUCCCUCACCUACAAGCUAGCACUCAUAAAGUGUAACUGUGUGCAGGGUCACAAUGAAAUAAAUAAUUAAUUUACAUAGAAAUGCUUCAACAAUUAUACAUUUAUAUAAAUAGAUUCACUUUGCAUUCUAACCAGAAUUUCAUGAGAGUCAUUUUUUAGAUAUUGCUAACUGAAACAAAGUUUGUGGUAUAUUCUGUUUAAUUGUCCUACCUGGCAAACCCCAUCCUGCCUUUCUCCUUACUUUGACUAGAACCAUGGUAAACAAUGACAGAGAAAACACUUAGGUGUUUGCUGUUGUCUUUAUGCCUUUUUCUAACCUGGUGAAUGUUGGAUAGGUAUGUGGCCCAUUGUACCUGCAUCUACUUACUGAUCUUCCACCUGAGUGGAAGAACCAAGUGUGGCCUGUGCCUCUGUUUCUAUUAACAAAAAGAAACUUUGAACAUUAUAGUCAUCUCCUCUUCAAGACCAUGGAGGAGUCUCUAUUCUUUAGGAUGGGAUAGCCUGAGAUAGCAUUAAAGAAGUAUUAUUUUUUUCCAAGAGCCAAAUGACAGAGUAUUUAAGAAAAAGCCAUUGAAACAAUGUGAUAUGGAGAAGGUUUGGAUAAGGUUUGGUGUCAAGCCUAGAGGCACAAGAGUGCCUCUUGCCCUUGGAGCCAGAAUAAAUAUGCUUACCAGACUGCCUCAAGUUUUAGACAGAGAAGAGAUGUGGUCAGAGUCACCUCUGAAGCAAGGGAAAACUUGAUGGAUCCAGCCACAAGCUCACAGGCCAGAGCCAGUCAGCAGCAGAGAAUGUGAAGAAGGGAGGAAUAUUUUGGAGAUAGAGCAGAGCAGAUAUGGUUUGAAUGUUCUUAUUGUGCACUUCAUAAAGAAGCAUAAAGCAGAGUCAGAUUUCAGAUUUCAGCCUAUCAGGUCCCCUGGCUCAUGUAGAGAUUCCUGUAUGAGAUGUCCAUAUGUCCAUAAAUAGUAGAAGCCAGCCAGAUAUGGUGGUGCAUGCUUUUAAUCCCAGCACUCAGGGAGUCAGGGAGGGAGAGGCAGGCAGAUCAAUGUGAGUUCAAGGCCAACCUGGUCUACAAAGCGAUUCCCAGACAGCUAAGGCUACACAGAGACAUGGUUCCCUUUACAAAUUGCAUUACCCCAGAAAGAAUGGGCUUGGGAAAGCUCUAAAAAAGCUCAGCUUCAGAAACUCAUAUUUCAUUACAAGUCUCUCUCCUGAAAACCAGAAGUGGUAUGUCCUAGUGCCAUUCCAAUUACGCAGAGAAGCAUGUCAAAUAGUAUAACCAUAUGAAUAGUAACCAGUCUGCAAAGGAAGGAAAACACUUUUAGCUAUACAAACCAUCAUAAAACAUCUACCAUGAUAGGAACAAAGAAAAAUUCAUGUUUGUCUAGACUAAGUUUUAAUUAUUACUUUCUGGAGGGGAAUAAUGAACAUAGUGUUUAUGGCAGACUUGGCCACCACUCUCAUCAAGAAUAAGAAAUAUGCCUGGGUAGACCAUCAGAGCAUCAUAUAAGAAUAUCAGUAAUGUGAAACCAGACAUGACUACAUUCAAUAAGAGAAAAAAUGAGGUAGUUACAGAAAAAAACAUCUGGGGGCCUGGAGAGAUGGCUCAGCAGUUAAGAGCACUGACUGCUCUUUCAGAGGACACGGGUUCAAUUUCCAACAUCCACAUGGCAUUUCACAACUGACUCUAACUACAAGAUCUGGCACAGACAAACAUCUAAGCAAAACACCAAUGCACAAAAAAUAAAAAUAGUUUUUUUUAAAAAAAAGAAGAAAAGAGAAAACCAUGCAGGUUUCCAAAGUUAGAGAACUCAAGUGAUACAAACAAGGCAAUGCUGGACUGACCAAGACUCAGAAGCUCCUCAGAAGUGAAUGGAGCUUAAUGGAUGUGGUUUGGGGUAUGUAUAACCUUCAUAUGUAUCAGGGGAAAAAUUGGGCAGAGAAGCAGAUUAGAGUCAUUGGAUGGAUAUUCUGGCCAGCAAGGAGGAAGAUGGUUGCUCUGAGUGGAGCCUUAAGGAAGGCACUGAUUUUGAAAUCUGAGACCAGCCAUUAAGGAAAGACAAUGAUAAGAUGAAACAAAAUUCAAAUGUUAAUGAUUAGGAUGUAGAAAUAAGUUGAUUUAGCUCUGAAGGAUUAAAAGGCCAAUUUCAUUGCCCACAAUAGAGAAAUACUAGUUAGACAGUAAAGAAUAAAAUUGAGGUAAAAAGGAGAAAGUUUUCAGCCCUGGGAGGGCCACAAAGAGAGCCUCAGCACUAAGAAUGCAGAUGAAGCCCAACCAGCUCCAGUCACUGGAAAAUAUCCUAGAAUUUCAAAAACUGAUAAAAGACUAUUAAAGACAAUCAGAUCUGGAAAAAAAUAGUAUGGGUACCAGUUUUACAUACACAUCCCUACAAAAAAGAAUUCUCAUAUAACCUUAAGAAAAGUAUAAAAGAUUACAAGUGUCUGCCUACAAAAUAAGAUUCACCAAUAUAUUCAGCAAAUAAGUAUAAAAUAAAAUCACUUUUGUUUGGCUAUCACAUUGGGUUUUUUUGUAUGUAUGUUAUGACUACAUUUUCCCCUGAAGGGAAGAGAAAUAGUCAUCAAAAUGAAGUAAGUGGUUCCACCUAUGACCUUCACAUGUUUUUUUUUUUCAUUGCCCAGAAGUGAGAUAAUUCAUUCUAACAAUCCUAGUGCUUGAGUUCAGGCCAUACAGAGCCUGUGCAAAGGCCUCUGGAGACUGAGCUUCUCAUGUAACAUUAGAGUGAAAGCAUGCAGAUGUGCUUUUGCUUCACCAUUCUUGACAUAUCCUCCUGUCAGGUAAUCACUGAGGCUAACAGAGGAAGUAGAAAGUUUUUUGUUGGUGUGUGAAGAAAAAUCGCUACUUUUAAGAGAGAUCUUGUUCACUGCUACCUCAUAAGGAGCUAUUUUACUGUAGGACUGUGGUCAGGAAAGGGGAAUGAGUUCAGUGAACACAUUUUACUGACCCUUAUCUCACUCUGAACGACACAUUGGCCAGUGUUUUUCAGAAUUCCCUUCUUGGUUUGGGUUUACUUUUUUCCUGCAGGCAUUCAUCCUCAAGGCAGGUGAGGACACCCAGGUGCCCAUGCACGCUGACUGUGCUUUUGAACCUUUAUCCCCUAGGAUCAUUUUUAUCCUGACAUGUUUACAAGAACAUUUCUGACUUGUAUAAGUUUACUUUCACUACGUAUUAGUUACUUUCCUAUUUCUGUGAUAAAAUACCAUGACAAAUACAAUUUAUAGAAAGAAUUUAAUUUGGAGAGGCAUGUCAGCAAUAUGCAGGAAUGGUGGCAGGAACAGAAAGCUGAAAGCUUACAUCUCAACCACAAGCACAAAGUAGAGAGAGAAAACUGGAAGUAGAGCAAUGUUUUAAGCUCUCAAACCUGACCUUCAGUGAAAUACUAACUCAGCAAGUCUGCACUGCUAACCCUCCCCAAGCAGAUAAAUUAACUGUAUUCAAAUAUCAUUUCUCAUCUAAACCUCUGUACCUUCUCUUCUAAAAACUGAUGGAUUUCUUGGUUUGUAAUUACAUUAGUAGCUCAUUUUCUGCUGAUAUCAGAGGAGUCUUCCAGUGAUGUUCAAACUAUUUUGUGUAAAGAGUGACCUCUUUUUCACCAAUACACUUAGCUCUUAGAGUUAGGAAUGUCCUUCAGUAUUUGUAUCAGGCCUUUCCUUCUUGACUUUUCAUGUUUUCUACUAACUAUGUGCCUUUCCAUAGUUCCAUAUGUUCUUCAGACAUAAUUUCCAUACAGUUUCCCCAUUACUAUUGAUUAACUUCAGUUUUGUUUUCUCAUUCUCCCAAAAUAUUACUCUAAGAGUAAAACAGUAUUCUGAUUGAAACAUUAAUGUGAAAAUGACACCUUCCCUAUGUGGAGGUUUGAAAAGGUAUGGCCCACAUAGACUUGUGUGUUUGAAUGUUUGGCCAUAGGGAGUGGCUCUGUAAGGGGAUUUGGACUUUUUGGAGUAGGUGUGGCCUUGUUGGAGGAACUAUGUCACUGUGAGUGGGUUUUGAGGUCUUGUAUACUCAAACCACUCCCUGUCACUUCUGCUGCCUGCAGAUCAAGAUCUCUCAGCUCCUCCAGCACCAUGUCUGCCUGCAUGCUGCCAUAAUGAUAAUGGACUAAACCUAUGAAACUGUAAGCCAGCCCCAAUUAAAUGUUUGCCCUUAAGA